UCGCUAAUAGUCGGGGAUUUUAACUGCCACCAUCCCUGGUGGGAUCCAGGCUGCUCUACCUCCCAGGAGGGUAACCGCCUACUAGACUGGAUUGAAUCUAAUAACCUAACGCUCCUAAAUAACCCAGGCGAAGCUACCCGCUUCCGCCAGGGGAACAGGGCGUCAGUUAUUGAUUUAACUCUAGCUAGUAAUAGUAUUUCGAAUAGAAUCCAGGACUGGCAAAUAUUAGAAGAUAUCGGGUCCGACCAUAGACCUAUCCUAUUCAGUAUA